AUGAGACCCUGUCGCCUCAGUAGCUUCGUGAGUGGUAUGCUGGGCGUGGGAGGUCUAGGGGUGCUGGUCCGUGCGCGUACGUUCUCCGCACCGGCGAGCGCAUCUGGUGUUGCUAUCUUUGAUCUUGACUAUGAUGCUAUCCUUGCUGCUAUGUAUGCUGUGACUAUUAGUGCUGAGGAUGACUUUUACCUGUGUGUUCCGCCCGACCCGGGCAUAGAGGCUGAUGCUCUAGCUGCUAGUGAGUCUGCUGCUCCAGGUGCUGGUGAGUCCGCUCUGUCAGGUACCGCGUCGGCUCAAGUCUUGCACACUUUCACCCUUGACUCGGGUGCUUCCCGUUCCUUCUUUUGCGACUGCACCACACUCACACCGCUCAGACGGCCAUUGGCGGUCUCCCUGGCUGACCCCUCUGGGGGUCCGGUCCUUGCACACUCGUCCACCGUCCUGCCUUCUCCGGCAGUCCCGUCUGGCUCUCUGUCUGGCCUCCGCCUCCCCUGGUUCUCCACGAACUUGGUGAGUGGAGCUGACCUUCUGGACGCGUGGGUUGAUCAGUUCACUCCUGGAGGUAGCCGUGUCGGGUCGAUAUUUGCUGCAGCGUCUCAGUCUGGUCCUGAGUCUGCCCCUGCUCGUGUCGCCUCUUGUCUCACCAGACACUCUUCUGGCACCACCGCCUUGGUCACCCCUCCAUGCCUCGUCUCCGAGGCAUGGCCUCCCGUGUCCUUGUAG